AACCCAUUCACAACCCAUUCAUCAACUUUGCAAAGUCUACGAUAUCAAGCACUUCCGACAACCAAGACCGAGUAAGGGCCAGGAUCACAGGAAGCAUGUUCUUAUCCCGCCAGCUCUCUCCAGCGAGCUCGCUAGCUAGCCGAUCUUUCUGCUCAACCUGUCGACUCCUUCAAGCUCCAAAGAGACUUGGCGAAUCAUCUAUUCAGCCCUUGCGGACAAGAUCGUCCGACGGUACGAGUUCUGCCAUUGACGCAAGUUCUGAAAGACGUCCGCGGACGCCUAAGCGUGAUCGCCAGGUGGACAAGUCCAAGUCGCAUGCCAGGCAGAGCGACUCUUCAGAACCAAAGCUACGGAGGGAAAAGUUACUGCUGCUCGGUCCAAGUAUCGACAGUGGCCCGUUACGUCCAAAGAGGCCAAUCCCCGACGGAUCAUCCAGAACCCAAAGAUCUCCUCGGGCGCCCGAUGGGUCGGCGCCUCGAGUCCACCGAGACCGAGACAGCCGGCCGCCUCGGUCGAAUGCUGGUCCUUCUUGGGAAUCGAUUGCCAGAGAGAAAGGCAUCAGGUUCAUAGGUAUCGACCUUGGGACUGCGCUCCCCCGCAUCUUCACCUCCCGCCCCACCAUGCAAUACAUCACCCCUCUCUUCGCCAUCCGCCUCUUCCCUGCUUCAGCCCUCCCCCUCCGUCCCGCUCCGCCCUUCCCUCUGCAUGCCAUAGCGAGAAAGAGGCAAGAGAUGAAGGCAGAAGCGGCUUGUGUGUAUGCGGUGGUGAUUGCUAGUAAGGCCAAGGUGAGUAAACUGGCGGUAGAGCGAAACAAGGUGAGGAGAAAGAUUAUGGAGGCGAUGAGAACAGUUGUGAAUGCGCCAGGUAUGGUGGGUAAGAACCUUGUCUCGCCAGAGCACGCAUAUAUCAUCUCUGCAAAUCCUGAAGUCUAUGACGCUCCUAUGGAAAUGCUCGUGAACGACGUCGAGCGGUCAUUGGUGACUAUCAGGAAAAAGAUGGAGAAGGCGGGCGAUGUGAAGAGCGGGGCGGAGUUGUGGUUGCCUGAGCCGAGAUACCUUUCGAAGGAGGGAAGGAGGUGGUAGACUGAGAUGGAUCGUCUCAAUUGGGUGCAUAGACACGUAUAUAUCUUCAGUCCAUGAGGGCCUUCACGAUUCUUUAUGACAUUCAUACUCGUACCAGCCCAAACAUCAGACUGGGCAGCACCUAUAGGCAUUCCCGAGGCUGCCACUCUGAAGCAGAUACUGGAGUAGUGUCAGCAACACUCGGUAUGCACAUGACCGAUGUAUCCCGUGCAUGACUGUGGCUGGGGCCUAUGUAGUCACACGAUACAGAGCGAAACAACCCAUUCUAGAUGAGAUGGUGGCCUCUUCAUC